AUGAAGCUUGAACACGAUACCAGAAAAGGCAAUCUCAAACUCCUCACAUCACGUAAAUACAGCGUACUUAAAUACAAGAUGAGAUCAUCCUUGAUGUCUAAUGAUAAGGUUGUAAAUAUGAAGUACCCAUUUAAUAGGAAGAAGGGUGUUGUUCAAAUCUUGGGCAGUUGUAAUGGUUUGAUUUGUGCAAGCAGGGAAAUAAAUCACAUAAUCUAUAUCUGGAACCCUUGUACCAAAGAGUACAAACUAAUACUAUCACCAAAGAAACCGGUUGGAUUUCAAUCAAACAGAUCCCUGGAAAGCACCGAUCACAAUGCUUAUGGGUUCGGUUAUGAUUCACAAAAUAGUGAUUACAAGUUUGUGUCAAUUUUCAGUAAACGAAAUAUGGAUGUUUCUCGAGUUGAGAUAUAUAGUUUGGGUUCAGAUUCAUGGAAAACAUAUGAGUCCGGCAUUCCGUAUAAACUUUCUAGAGGAGACCCUGGCACUGGGGUGUUUGUAAAUGGAGCUCUCCACUGGUUCGCAAAAAGUAACAAAUCCAAAUCACGAGUUAUCCUUUGUUUCGAUUUGGAAGAAGAGAUAUUCAAAGAAAUACCACAACCUGCUGAUGUACCUAUGGACGGUUUCGAUUAUAGAUUUGUUGAUGUGUUGAGAGGCCGCCUUUGUUUGCUUUGUAGCGUUUCUAAGGUCGGGUUUGAGAUAUGGGAGAUGAAGACCUACGGAGUUAGAAAGUCUUGGUCUAAACUUUUCAAGACUGACCUACAACUGAUGAUGGCAUUGGAUAUCUCAUCUUAUCACUACAUAAGAAGCGCAGUGGUUUUAAAGGAUGGCGAAAUCCUAUUACAAAUCCGAUUACAUGACGAUAAGACGUAUUCAGAUUUCAAAUGGCAGGAGAGAUCUAACGUUGUGGGAAUAUGCUGGGAAGAAGAAAAGGGAAGGCAUAUUAACAUAAGGAAGUAUAUGUACAUGAAGAACUUGGCCCAGAUGGUGCCGCGUCUGGAGAGUCUAGUUUCUGUUAACACGGGCACACAUGUUGGAGAUCCGAAGGAACGAGAAGAUUACAACGAGGCUUACAGAGGCAUGCUAUUCCACUGA